AUGAUUACGGUUUCAACUAUCCUGCCAUUCGUCGGGCUCCUGGCUGCGGUUGUCGCACUUGAAAAUGUCCGCUUCGCAAAUUCUCCUGCAAACUCGGCCAGGCUCGGUGCAGAACCUACUAAGGCCGACUUGUGGCCUGCGGCGCCGACGAUGCCUCCUCAUUUGCGCUUCGCCGCGAUACCUCUGAAGCCGCGGGAUAGCAGUCAAAAUUGCGGUUAUUUCGAGACAGACACACCUGCAAGCACUGUUCCCUCAGAGUCAAGAACUGCUCCCUCGGACUCAAACACAGCGGCCCCAGCUCCAAGCCCACAAACAGAGAACGCACCCCCUAUCGGAGCAAUCGUCGGCGGUGCAAUUGCCGGCCUCGUGGUCAUGGGCCUAAUCGUCACUGCAAUCGUAUGGAUGAUACUACGCAACCGUAGAAAGGCUAGUAAAGACAAUGACAACAACGGUGGCCCAGCCGGAACGAACCAGCCUUACACCUACGCAACAGUGCCCGCUACAAGAGCAACAUCAGAAUGGCAGUCCUCUACCCCGGCCCCGAUGUACGAACCCUACAAGAGCAAUCGUCAGUCCGGCAACUCGGGUCCGUAUCAACAUCAGUCUACAACGCCGUCACAGAGCCCGGAUCCCACUUCGAGAUCCGGGGCUCUGCCUAACGACUAUUCGCCCAACCGCGUAUCUGAGGUGCCGGCUACCAACCCGGCCGGCACGGGGAACAAUGCUUCUGAACUACAUUCCGACCACGUCCAGCGAACGUAA